UAUUCGGAUCGGAUCGCGCGAUCGUCCUUCUCUCUCUCGCGAGGUCUCUUGCGUAUCUAUAAAAACGUCUAUAGGUACCUACUUACGCAGCUGCAGGUCGCGCAGCAGAGCGCGAGAGCGCCAGAGAAAAAUAAUAAACAAGAGGAGUGCCUGCCUGUACCCGCAGUACAGCGUGUCGAGAGCGGAGAGUGAGAGCUGCUGUACGAAAGUGAAAGAGAGAGGAGAGAGAGGAGCGAAUAAAGAAAGAGUUGGUAUCCUACAGCCGAGAAUUCUUCCGCCAGUGCAUAGCAUCGGCGAGCGACGAGAUUAUAGACGAUGCGAGUGCGACGCGUUGUCGCCGUUUCUUUCUCGUCCAGCAGUUCAGCAGCUCCUGUGUUCGGCCGUUGCCUUAUCGGAAUCAACCGCUGCUGACAGGCCAGGAUCGUCCGCACAGCUAGCGUAGCAGCAGAGUCUACGAGGAGCCUGCAGCGUCGCUGCUCUCUGUUUUCGUAUAUUUACAAGGGUCUCCGAGACGAGGAGAGAGGUAUGGAACAAGUGCACUUUUCAUGCUAGACUUGCAGGUAACAGAACCAGCACCAAAAUGAGCGAGGGAACACCGCCAGUGAGGAAUAAGCGCAACGGCGCGAGGACUUUUAAAAAUCCACCCCAGCCACACAUGUGCAUUAUAGACACCAUUGUGGGCUCGACGCUUCCCUGCUACAUCAAUGUGUUGUCUUGGGAGAAGGUGGAUCAGCCCGCUAGUCCCGAGCAGCCACUUCCAUUGUAUGGUGGAAUGAAGUUAAGUCCACCCAGGACCGAGGACAAGAACACUUGUGUUUUUGCUGUUAUUGCCCAUCCUGAAGUUCUUAGACUUAGGGGGAAGAAUGCCAAGGAUCCUAAUGAACAGACGAGUCUGAUAGAAGUUUUGCUGGAUUUCGUGGAGACCAUGAACAAAGGAAUAGUGUUCAAUCGAAUUUACUACAUCCUAAAGGAUCGGGAUAUCACAGGAGAGUUAAAGGAGGUGUGGAUUGCAGUGCAGAAUCAAAGAGACCGAACAAAUAUGUCCAAUCAACAAGAAACUUGGAUAGACCAACAACCAGUUCCUCAAUAUUCACAAAGUAUAGACCACCAACAGCAGCAGCAACAACAACAGCAGCAACAGCAGCAACAGCAGCAGCAGCAGCAACAGCAGCAGCAUUUACAACAGCACUUGCAACAGCCACCAAUGCCAAUACCUCAACAAGUGCAGCAGCAGCAGCAACAGCAACAACAGCAGCAGCAGCAGCAGCAACAGCAGCACAUGCAGCAAAAUCAACAGCAAAUGAUUCCAAACACUUACAUGAUGUCUCAGCCACCUGUGUAUCAACCAAGCAUAGUCUAUAACUCCGGUAACGAUUAUGAUAGAUAUAAUUACCAACAGCAACAGUCCGCGCCGGUACCACAAAAUGAUCAGCCCUAUCAAGCUGGUCCAAUGCUUGUGCGGUCUUAUAAUAAUGCCAACAACGGAUCGCGCAUGGAUCCUGAUCGAUACAAUUAUCGCGAACGCGGUAGAACGUUACCUCAACAACCCAUGCCCAAGCAACAGCCUCUGCCUCCACAACAACAACAGCAACCGCAGCCACCACCGCCGCCUCAGCAGCAACAACAAAACUGCCCCGCGUACUCGGCCUCACAGUAUCAUUUUCAGCAGUUGCCUAGGCAAAUGAUGCCACAAUAUAUCAAUUCGAACAUGGGUCCUAAUUAUGGUGGUCAGAUGAAUACCGUCGUCGCGAAUCAGUAUUCAGACUACAUGAUAAUGCAACACCAGCACAUGGCAUCUGGCCUUGAGCAACGUCAGGUGGAGAAUCAGAUUCAAGCCGAGGUGCAACGCAUACAGCAACAGCAACAGGAACACCAAAUGCACGGACCACCGCCACCUCAUAUGCAGCAGCCCUCACCACAGUAUCAGCCGUCCACUAUGGGCGCAGGAAGUAACAUUCCUAUGGGCGCCGAAAAGAAGAGAUAUUUCAAACCUCAUAGCACGAGCAGAAUAAAUAUAGACCGGACCAAGAAUAAUAGCCUUGGAAAAAGGCAAAACAAUUCGCCCACGCAUCUGAAGCAGGAUCCUGCUGUGACGACGGGAAGCUGUAUCGCUAGUGCUGCCGGCGUGCAGCAGCCUACCGAAAGUGUUACGGAGCACUCUUCAAAGCCCAAAUCUCCGGUGAAGGUUCUUCAGAGAGAUUCGAGUAUACAGAAUAAACAACUGUCUGCUCAGUCUUCGCCAGAAAAGAAUUUAAAGAGUUUGGAAAGGAAUGUGAACGAACCAUGCGAGGCUACAAAUGUGCAAGUGACGGAUCUCGAUGAAGAAGAGAUCAAAGCUAAAGACGUUUUGGAGACCACGAGCGAAGUUGUCCCGAAGAAACCAGAAGCCUUAAAUUAUGCUGCCGCUUUAAAAGAGCUGAAGGAGCUCACAGAUUAUUCAAGAGAAGUUAAGACUCCAGCAGUGGAAAACCCAACGUCAUCGUCUUCCGAAUCUCAUUUACAGGAAUUGAAAGAAACGAAGCAACAGCCUCAUUAUAAUCAAAAACAAAGAUCUAUCAAGACGGUUCUAAAGCGCAAUAAGUCUUGUGCAAAUGACGUUAAGGUUUGGGCAAAGGAUGCUAACAAGGGUCCGAAAAACGGCGUUAGGGCUAAUUUUGUACAAAUGAAUGCAAGCGCAGUCGAAAGGCUUCACGAUAAAGAUGCAGAUGAUCACUCUAAAGGGCAACAGCCUGCAGCCGAUGUGAAUGCUAGCACGGGCUGGAACAUUCAUGUAAAACAGAAAUCAUCGGACAGUCCAAAGCGUGCUCAGUCUACUGUGAAUAGCAUUAUAAAAAGUGUAUUUAAAAUAUCACAAGGAAAUAAUACCACAGGAGAUGAAGUCGGGAGUGGCAAGAAGCCAAAAACUAAUGGACAAUUAAAGGCAAAUAGCAAAGUAUCCAUGAAUGAUCACGAGGAAGCCAGUCAAGGCUACACUAUUUUGAAAAAGUCGGAACUCACGACAGGAAUAGGCCCAUCGGAAGAUGUGGUAGUAAAUGAGAUCGCACAGCUAUCGAUUCAAGACUGCAAAGAUACGACGGAAAUGAACGCCGUUCUUUCGUGAUAAGCAUAGUUUUUAGCCAGUAAUUAGAAAAACAAAAACCUGACAGUCCGCUGAUAAUAACCGGAGUAAAAUCAGUGUACAUAGAUAAGUUUACCGAUUAAGAAGAAUAAUUUAGGCAACUUUCAAUUAGCAUUUUAAAAGGGAAAGGAAAGAGAGCACGGUGCGUAAAGGAAGAGGAAUGAAACGCAGCAGAAAUGGACGACAAUUCUACAAUUUGAAGAAAAAAAACGACGUUGUUUAACUUGUCUUCGAUGUUUUUAAAUUGAAGAUUUAUUUAUUAUAGGAUUUGCUGGCGAGGCUGUGAAAAACGAUUUAAGCUAUUUCCUCAAUUGAAGUAAAAAAAGGUAAUAACAAUAGAUAAGUUUGACAGAUGGGGAAAUAAGAAGUUGCAGAGAAAAGAUGUUCCAAAAGAGAUAAAACUCAGUUCUAAAUGCUUUUAAAGUAAGGCGUUUUAAGUCACGUGCUCUCGUGCGAUGAACUGAUAUUAACCUAUUUUUUAAAACUAUUACGCUAUAAAAAAACAUGAACUCCUGUCGAUUUUAAAAUGAGCAGGACGGCUCCGCAGGGACGCCUUUUUACGUUCCUACGCUGAUUACGCACUAUGAAUUACUAAAUAUGCUAAGUGGUAAGGAAGCGGUAAAGAAAAGCGAUUUGACUUUGGUAUGAUUUGUUAAUUUUAAAUUGACACCAAUAUGCGAAAUCAUAAAAUAUCAGCAUAAAAGUUGGCGAUUAUCAAAGAGUAAAAGUUGACAUGAGAUCUCGUAAUCUUUUUUGUAUAUUUAUAGAAGCGUAGCAUUGACAUUUCAAAUAAUUGGUGCGUUAAUUGAUGUGAUUAGUUCUUAUACAAUUUAUUUUUCAGGAAAAAAUCAGAAAUAAUUAACUAUGUUAAAUAAGUUAAAUUAAACGAAAGUUUACACACUAAUCCUGAAUUCGAUAUUAGCGAAUCAAUUUUCGAUAUUCAAAGAAAUAUAUCGUUAAAAAUGAGAAUAGUUACAGUCCCAGUCCAAGUAAAUCGCAAAUAAUUUAAUUAGUCGACGAAAGAUAAAAAAGAAAAAAAAACGCAGAGUUUUAUCUUUAACCAAGUGAUUCCUUACGAGUACCAAGAGCUAUACUGUAGCUUAUACAUAUAGACAAUGACUCCCCAGUGAUGUUGAAGUGAUGUAAAAAAACUGAUAAAACAAGCUAUGUUAAAAAUAGUUACAUAACUAAAGUAAAAUAAAAAUAAUAGGGGAUAAUAGAAAAAGGAAUAACAGAAAAACUAAAAGCCAGCAAUGCACUACGAUAUACUUAUACAAAGUCAAGAACACACGCAAUAUAUUGUAACCGUAUAGUUUUGACGAGUUCUCAGACAUGCAGGAUAAGUGAUGGAGGUAAAAACGGCGAGAUCCCCUGGUACGCUCAGAUAAAAGCGAAAAUAAGUGAGCGAUAAAAGACGAUUUUCGCGAAAGACGUAUGAAACGUGUGCUAUGGGUGCUUUUUUUAUGCGAAAAAAUUCUUCUAUUAUUUCUCAUUUAUAAGCGAUAACUCAAGCAUUUAAAUCUAAUAGUAGUACUUCCCUUUCAAAAAAAGUUUUGUAGCGACCCGCGACUAAUGCAUUGAAUAUUCAUCCACUUGUUGAAAAAAAUGACACACUCUAAGUAAUUCUUUGAUUAAAAAUAGUACACUUCAAUCCAUUUAAUUUUCUAAUAAAUUAGGUAUAGUAAAAUAAUUGUAGUAUAGACUGAAUAUUUCGUAUCGAUUUUCUUUCUUAAUUUUCAUCUAUUGGUCGUAUUUACUAUCAACUUUUUCUGCAAGGAACCGUCGUCUGAAGACGCGUUGACCGUUGGAUGCGACGCAAAAGGUUAUUUGUGAACUAGUGAUCCAUACAAAUGCUCUAUAGAAUUCACAUUGCUGCCAUAUUUUACGUGUGUAUAAAGUAAUAAUUUACACAAUCGAAGUAAAGAUUCGCGAUAUUUUCUCGAGUUAAAAAUAAGUCGACAUUGAUGCGUUGCCACGUGAAACAUCAGCGUAUUAGUGAUAUCGGAUAAGAGUCGUGACUACCGAGAUUUUUAGAGUUUUAAGGCUGUAUAAAAUCUGUUUGUCUUUAAAAUUUUUGAAAUUUUAUUUUUGAAUGUGUAAGCUAAUAACUUUUUAAAGUCGAUUCGAAACUCUAAUGUCUUAGGUGAAUGCGACAAGACCACUUUCCACCCGAGAAAGGUCUCAAAGUAAUCAGACGCUGUUUGAAUGAAACUCCAAUUUAUUCCCUGAAAAUAUAAUUAAUAAUUAGCUUUAUAUUUCCUUGUACAUUGUAAUGAGAUUAAAUUUUUUAAAAAGCCCUUUUCUGUAAAUCAAUUGUAGCAGCAAAGCUUAACAAGACAUGAUUUUUAAAUUGAGGCAUUCCGUUGCCUGGACAUUGUAAUGUUUUACUGCGAUUACUAUAUGUAUUUUAUUGGCGACGAUGAUAUAUUUUAGACAAGGAAAGCAUGUUUCGUUACUCGAGAUAAAUUUUGUUAUAUCAUCGAUAACCUUUUUGCUCUGAUUUUUAUUUAUGAAAGUUUCGCAAGUUUCACUCAAUAAACAUUUUAUUCAAGAACAAACGAGAACCUUUUUAUUGAAUUUUACGCAGCAAUUUAUCUAUUGUAACGAACGUUGCUGAUUACGGAACGUCGGAGGAAAAAAUCAGAAACACAGAUCGCCAGGUGCUUUACAUAAUUUAUAGCUUUUAAGGUUUUCAAUUCGUGUAACGACACAACUCUGUAUAAGCGUAAAUAAGUAAAUUCGAUCGUCCUCGAAAGAACCAAUGCUCUUUUGCGAAUCGAAGAGAGUACGAGGCAAACGACGACGAGGUAGAUAUAAAAAAAAAUGGAGCUCGACACCGGACUCUGAAGUUUUAUAUGAAAGCCGAAUCACAAAAAUGAAAAAAAAAAUGCGAAUUUUCUUUCUCUCUGCUCUGAGCUAAGAAAGGUGUAGAUUAGUUCAUUUCUUUUUGUCUUCUCCUGUUUUUUUACUGAUGCGAAACGGCGGAAGAUACGAAUGUGUAUUAUAAUACAAUGUGUACAAGCAUGUCUAGAAAUUGGGUGAAGCGAUCGGCUUUCGGCCCUUCACACCAGCUGCGAUCUAUUCUCUUCCCAAGCUCUUUUUUGACUCUGAUUAUUAUUAUAUAAUUGUUAAUAACUAUGUAAAUGUAUUCAGUAUUCUCGUUAUUUUAGAAUAUUAUAAUAUGAUUUAUAUUAUGACGAUUCUUUUUUAUUAUUGCUACAAUUGUAAUCUAUUAUACAAUUAUUAUUAUAAUUAUACAUAUAAUACACGUUCUUUUUUCCAAAGUCAGAUAAAAUUGAACUGUUGAUGCUUUUAUUUGAAUAAAUGAGUUGUAAAACCAA